GCUCGCCCCUUCUCUUCCCCCCACCUCCCCGGCGCCAGCCAACCUUCCUCCCUCCAUCUCUCUAUCUCUCAACUCUCAAGAGAAUCCCCUCUCUCCCCAACCCCACACCACUCCCCCUCUCACCCACCACUAUACAUCACCACCGUUGCCCUACUCCUCCUCCUCCCAUCUCUCUCUCUCUCUCCUCAGAAGCUCUCUCUUACAGACGGCUGGAAAAGCUUGCUUGACGCCUUGACUGUCUUGCGUGCUUGCCACUUGAUGACUCCACUUGAUAGCUAGCACCUUGUGCCAAGGAGGUGUCUUACUUGGUGAGUGAGGGCUUCACACUUGGUGAUACUAAUGCUAACCAUCCUGGCAUGACAUCAUGUUUGAUACUAGGAUGCUUGGGGGUUUGAUGGAUGAUCACUGACCCUCUUGAGGGUGACAUCAUGCUUGGCACCCUAGUGCUUGAUAGGAGGGUAUGCAACCUGCUUGAGGGGUGCUUGAUUGCGGGGCAGGUCUCUUUGCACGACAUCAUCCUUGACACCUUAGCGCAAGUUUGGCUGAAUGAAAACAAGGAAAAGAUCGAGAAAAAGAAGGAAGAGAGAUCUGGCUGGAGAUUGUGGAAGUGAGAGAAAGAGAGAG